CUUUACUUUACUGAACCAGUGGCAGGCAUGUUGGUUCCUCUCUAGUCCUUCACAACCCACAAACCUAUACUUAGCUUUCUUGGCUCUUGCAUCUCUGACAUAAGGUUUUGAGUGAGUGAGUGCAAUUAUGGGUGUGAGGAGCAUGAGCAGUUGUACUGGUUUGUUCUGAUAUGAAGCUUCUACCUAUAACAGAUCAAAACCCACAUAACCCAAUUGCACAAAGUUCUUGUCUUUAAAUUGAAUCCAUCAAACAACUCAUAAUAUCCCACCAAAGCUUUGAAACCUCAGAAGCAAUGGAAGCAAGAAGAAAGGAGAAUCCAGCUUUGUGUUGCUUGGUUUUGCUCUGCUUGUGGAAUUCUGUCAGUGGCUCGCUUUCUUCAAAGGGUGUAAACUAUGAAGUGCAAGCUUUGAUUGGUAUUAAAGGUUCACUGCAUGAUCCUCAUGGAAUUCUGAGUAAUUGGGAUGAAACUGCAGCAGAUCCAUGUAGCUGGACCAUGGUCACUUGUUCUCCUGAUAGUCAGACAGUCACUGGCCUAGGAAUUCCAAGCCAGAAUUUGUCUGGGACUCUGUCACCAAGCAUAGGAAACUUGACAAAUCUCCAAUUUGUGCUUUUGCAGGACAACAAUAUAUCAGGACACAUACCCCAUGAGCUCGGAAGGAUCCCAAAGCUUAAAACACUUGAUCUUUCUAAUAAUCAUUUCACUGGUGAAAUUCCUGAAACUCUAUCACAUCUGAAGGCACUCCAAUACUUGAGGUUGAACAAUAACAGUCUCAAUGGACCAAUUCCUUCCUCCUUGUCUAAUAUGACACAGCUUUCCUUCCUGGAUUUUUCAUUCAAUAAUCUAAGUGGCCCUGUCCCUAGUUUACGAGCCAAGACAUUCAAGGUUGUCGGAAACCCUAUGAUUUGCACCACCGGAGCUGUGCAUGGCUGUGAUGGAACUACACCGACGCCACUUUUGUUCACCAUGAGUAAUUCACAAGGUUCACAGGAGUCCGGAAACACCAAGAGCCACAAAAUAGCCUUGGCCUUCGGUUCGAGCCUCGGCUGCAUCUGUCUUUUGAUUCUAGGGUUUGGUUUCCUUCUUUGGUGGAGGCAAGGACACAACCAGCAAAUAUUCUUUGAUGUUAAUGAACAACAUAAUGAAGAAGUUUGCCUAGGAAAUCUGAAGAGGUUUCAAUUCAAAGAACUUCAGAUUGCCACACACAACUUCAGCAACAAGCACUUGAUAGGGAAAGGCGGUUUCGGGUAUGUAUACAAAGGGCAUCUGCAGGACGGGAGUCUUGUAGCAGUCAAGAGGCUGAAAGAUGGAAAUGCUGUUGGAGGUGAGAUCCAGUUUCAGACAGAAGUUGAGAUGAUCAGCCUAGCAGUGCAUCGGAACCUCCUCCGGCUUUAUGGAUUUUGCAUGACAAAAACAGAGAGGCUUCUGGUUUAUCCCUAUAUGUCCAAUGGAAGUGUCGCAUCGCGUCUAAAAGCCAAACCAGUGUUGGAUUGGGGAACGAGGAAACGAAUUGCAUUAGGAGCUGCAAGGGGAUUAUUAUACUUGCAUGAGCAGUGUGACCCCAAGAUAAUUCACAGGGAUGUGAAGGCUGCAAACAUACUGCUAGAUGAUUACUGUGAGGCAGUUGUUGGUGAUUUCGGACUGGCAAAGCUAUUGGAUCACCGGGAUUCACAUGUGACGACUGCAGUCAGGGGCACCGUGGGGCACAUAGCCCCCGAGUACCUCUCAACAGGCCAGUCCUCCGAGAAAACAGACGUUUUUGGAUUUGGAAUCCUCCUACUUGAACUAAUAUCAGGCCUGAGAGCUCUAGAAUUUGGGAAGACAGCAAACCAGAAAGGAGCCAUGCUUGACUGGGUGAAGAAAAUUCAUCAGGAAAAGAAGCUUGAACUUCUUGUUGACAAGGAUUUGAAGAACAACUAUGAUCGAAUUGAGUUAGAAGAAAUGGUUCAAGUAGCUCUCCUAUGUACUCAAUACCUUCCAAGUCACAGGCCCAAGAUGUCUGAAGUGGUUCGAAUGCUCGAAGGAGAUGGGCUUGCAGAGAAAUGGGAAGCUUCCCAAAGGGCUGAAGCAACAAGGUCAAGAGCCUAUGAAUUCUCCUCUUCAGAGCGAUACUCUGAUCUUACUGACGACUCUUCAUUACUUGUCCAAGCGAUGGAGCUCUCCGGACCCCGAUAACUACAAUUUGCAACGAGGAAGACAAAUACAAGUUCCAAAAUGAAGUCAAUAUAAAGUCUUAACAGUGAGCCUCUUGUAUAGAAGUGUUGUGUUGGAACUCCAAAACUGUGUCGAAUAUCUGACAAUAUAGGGUCAUAUUUGAAAACUGACAUAGUCGAU